CGUUGUCCUCUUCGCCCUUCUCUUCGUCCGGGGAGCAAGCAGGGAGAGACGGCGAACCGCAUCCGUUUUGUCUCAAGCCCGUCGAGGGCAGCGAAACACUACUUGGUCCAGCACUGAGAGUCUCAGUGCAGUCAUAUCAACUCUGUACUUGAUUGUCCAUACAAGGUCGGGCGUGCUUCCUUCUCCUUCCUCUUCUCGCUCAUUUAUCGAUCUGGCAUCCAGAAGCAGCGUAGAGAAGUCGGCCCGUGGGCUGCGCCAGUGGAUCAUCGCCCUUCCCUGACGUGACCCCCAUGCUGGCAGCUUUCGCUUAUGACUAGGAUCCCCACCUCCUCGCGCGAGGUCGAGCGCGAUGUCCCGCGCCCUCUGGGCCGCGGGGGCGCUGCUGCAGCUGGCGCUGCCCGCCGCCGCCCUGACGCAGCGCGGCCGCGCGCGCUCUGGGCUCGCGGCCGCCGCGGUGGCGCACUCCCCGGAGGAGAGCGCGGCCAUGCGCAAGGAGGCCUUCGAGAAGGAGUUCACAGUGGAGCUGAAUCUGGCGAAGGCGCGGGAGGCUGGCACGCCCCUGGGCCUCAAGGUCGACAUCGAGAGCGAGUUCGCGCCGCCCUCCCUGAAGGUGAUCAGCGACGACAUCGUGAGGGACCGCCUCGCGCUCUCUUGCGUGGUCGCCGUCAGCAUCCCUCGCCGCAUCCUCUCCGCUCCCGUCCCCCAUCGCCACGCAGUGCCCUCUCGACUCAAGACGCCUCGUUGCCCCGCGCAGCCCGUGGGUAUCUCUGGUCCGAGGCCAGUCUUAUAAUGCUCCAACCUACUGUAGCCUCGACCACCGGUACGGCGGGGGCAACCCAAGGCCAGUUUUCCACCCUUCUCGCGAGGGCCGCAAGGGUCGAGCCGCGCGCCGUCGUGAGCCAUCUCUCGACGUCCAGUCUCGGCGGCCCGUUGGAGUGGCGACGCAGCAGAAGACGACA